AUGUGUGAAAUUUUGAGAAAUGAACUGAAGAAAACACUGAAAAACAAAAAAAUUUCUAUUUUAGCAAAUGAAAGUACUUCUUUGAAAAAUGAAAUGGAACUAAGUAUAAUGUUUAGAUUUGUAGAAGAUAAAGUUCCAGUGGAAAAGUUUUUGGCAAUAGUUAAAACCCCAAAUGGAACAGCAGAAACUAUAGCGGAUGCUAUUGACAAAGAACUGACAAGUCUUGAUUUGAACUACAGUAAUGUUACAGCCUUCGGAUUUGAUGGUGCCGCCAAUAUGGCUGGGAAUGUAGGAGGUGUGAGAAGGAAGCUUUCAGAAAAAGCAAAGAGAGAUAUUCUUUACAUUCACUGCAAAGCGCACAUUUUGUCAUUAGCAGCAGCUUCAUGUAGAAAUAAAACCAAAAAGGUCAACAGAUUUUUUUAUGUUUUAAAAGACAUUUAUAAAAUUUUUAGUAAAUCGCCUAAUAGAGAAAAUAUUUUGCAUGAAAUUCAAGCAGUAAUAAAUGACCCAAUUCUUAAGAUUCCUGAAUGCAUUGAAGUGAGGUGGCUAUCCCACUAUAAGAUAGUUAAUGCUGUUUUUAGAAGUUUAAAAUCUAUCAUGAUGGCUUGUGAGCAUAUCCAUAAGGACGGUAUAGAUCUUGCAUCACUAGCAGGUGGUAUUUUGUUGGAAAUAAGAAAAACAAGUUUCUUUAUCACCUGUUAUGUAAUGAAUGAACUCCUCAGUGCCCUCUCUUAUCUUAGUAAUACUUUGCAAAAAAGAAAUCUUAAUCUGGCCAAUGUGAUUCCUCUCAUAACAACAACAAAAUUACAUCUAAAUGAUAUUGCAAAUCACAGCGAAAUACUUGAUAAGUUUGGGUCUGAAAUGCAUUUGACUGCUGAUGAAGAUACAAAAACAACAUUAAAACAAAUGAAGGAGUAUUGUGAAAGCUUAAUCAGGUAG